CCUCCACCUCCAAGUCAUCAAAUAUUCUUUCCAUCCUCACUCCAUCUCUCUUUCCCUGGCUUCUGCUACUCGGCAUUAGCUGGUUUUGGUCUUCUGUUCCUUUCUAACCUACUUGCGGCUCUUCUUAAUUCACAAUGGCCGAGAUUCGACGCAAGCUCGUCAUCGUGGGCGAUGGUGCCUGCGGUAAGACCUGUCUGCUCAUUGUCUUCUCAAAGGGCACCUUCCCCGAGGUCUACGUCCCCACCGUCUUUGAGAACUACGUCGCCGAUGUCGAGGUUGAUAACAAGCACGUCGAGCUUGCUCUUUGGGAUACGGCUGGCCAAGAAGAUUACGAUCGCCUCCGUCCUUUGUCAUACCCCGACUCGCACGUCAUUUUGAUCUGUUUCGCCGUGGACUCGCCCGAUUCGCUCGACAACGUCCAGGAGAAGUGGAUUUCCGAGGUUCUCCACUUCUGCCAGGGCCUUCCUAUCAUCCUUGUUGGCUGCAAGAAGGAUCUGCGCCACGACCCCAAGACUAUUGAGGAGCUCACCAAGACCUCUCAGAAGCCGGUCACCCCUGAGCAGGGUGAGGAAGUCCGCAAGAAGAUCGGUGCCUACAAGUACCUCGAGUGCUCUGCCCGCACCAACGAGGGUGUCCGCGAGGUCUUCGAGGCCGCCACCCGCGCGGCCUUGCUGAAGGCUCAGAAGAAGCCUAAAAGCGGCAAGAAGUGCUUGAUCCUGUAAACUACACCUCGGCUUUUAGCGCGGAUCGGCUCGAGCGAAGAUCGGAACUGAUGAGACUCGGGCAAAUUUGAUCUUUUCUAAUAUCUCGGGGGCUGCUGGGCCUGUA